AUGCCUCGAGGUGGCCGUCGAAUAGGCCGCCGCCGAUCGCAACCGUCGACUCCCAGGACCACGCGCACCAGCAACCCGGCCACCCCGUCGUCAGGCCGUGGCAGCGACGGCCUCUUUGCUAAUGGCCAAUGGUUCUGCGACUGCAAGCCGCGGCGCCCGGCGGUCUUGCGCGAAACCCGCAAACCAGGCGCCAACAAGGGCCGCUGGUUCUACACGUGCCCCCAGGAACGGCGCCGGCAGUGCACGUUUUUCCUGUGGGAGGACUAUGCCGGCGCGAGCGGCGCUGGCGCUGGCCCGCCGUCAUCACAGGCGCCCCGGCCGACGUACCGGACAUCCAUUGGGCAGCGCACGACACCGCCCGCCGAGCGGCAAGACGGACCGGCAUCGCCGCACACGACACUGGCAGGACAGCGGUCACUGCCGCCCCCGGCACCGGAGCAGACGCCUAGACAGCGCCAGCGCAUCUUUACGACGGCGAUAGCGAGCGAAUUCCCCCAAGACAUGGCCUAUGGAAAUUACGAGAACCAUGGCGGCGAGUACGAGGACAACGACGAGGACGAUGGCUUUGAGCCACCACCGACACCGACACCUGCACGAGCACGGCGGACGAGUGGGACAGCAGCGCAAGGUGCGUCGUUGGAUGCAACACAGACGCUGCCACCAGCUCCUAUUGAGAAGCCCAGCCGUCCUAUAACAAAAUACUUUGGCGUCGUCAAGACGAACGGCAGCGGGAAAGACGGUGACGGCGUCGGCGGCAGCAGCAGCGGAAAGAAUGGCGCGGCCACAGGUCAGGCACAACGGUUCGAGGCACCCAAACGUACUGCGUCCGACUACAGCGACAGCGAGUUUGACAGCGACAUGGAGCGGGCGCUGGUGGCGCUGGUGGACCACAGCGAGCGGAAGACGCGUUGGCGAAGCGAUGCAGCAGGUCAGGGCGCGGGGGCCAAUAUCAGGCAGACGGACGACGUGAACGAAGGAGGCAGUCUGGCCAUGGACGUUGAGGAAAGUGAGGAGAGGAGGCGACGAAUCAUCGUUCCUGUGCGCGAAGAGCUGCAAGAACAGGAGGCGCCAACCCGUCAUCGACUGGGCCACCGUCUUCUAGUUGCGUCGGACGGGUAUGCCGCGAAAGAAGCAGCGGCAGAAGCAGUACACGCGGCGGCGUCACCAACGACGCCGACGCCUACAGCGGUAGCACCUGUCGGUGCGACAACAGCAGCAACAGCCACAUCCUUUGCCUCAUUAUUUGGAGGAAGCCGGACCGGCGCGCAACAGCAGCCACACCCGGUCUUUUCAUUUUCGUCGUCCGUCCCGUCCUCGCAGGUUGCUUCACAAGCUUCUCACGCUGCGUCGUCGCAGGCCCCGACACAAAGCUCCGUCGACACGGCGGCCAUGACGACACCGCCGUCGUCCUUCCGCUCCGAGGUGAGUGCGGCGAGUGCGAGCACAGGAAGCGGACGAAAGCGCCGACAAGCGGCCGUCGACCCAUGGUACGGACGGCCGACGCAGGAUGGUGGCAACGGCGAGAGCGACGACGACGACGGCCCGUUCACGACACCGUCCAAGCGCGUGCGGUUCCGUAAAGACGAGGCCACUGGGACAAGUGCAGGCCCCAGCCAGGAGGCUGCCCCAACAAGCUCGCCGACGACGACGCGGGGACGGUCGGUACCAAUCAAAACCGAAGACGAGCCGAGCGAGCCCAACGGCACUGUGGCGCGCCAACACUGGGCCGAGGAGAACGGGAUGCACGUUGAUGGAGAGGAGGAUGGGCCACGUGCCAGCCUGGAGGCAUCGGCCUUGUCUGCCUCCCCGCAGCCAAAAGACCACAAUGUGACGCUGGCGGUGUUGCAGCUGCUGGCGGGCCAGCCCAUUGCACCUCGGGUGCGGCAGCAAGUGCGAGCACUGCUCAACGGCGCAUUUGCUGAGGACUAG